GACAAAAAAACGAACAACUACACGUACACACCGCGGGCGUUCCGUUAUUAUAUACACACACACACAUAUUAUAAAUUCGAUCGCGGAUAUUAUAUAUUAUAUUAUACACAUAUACGCAAGCAAGUUGCUGCACGUAACCCGGGAGGCUUUUCCGGUCACAAUCGUACACGCAGGUUUCAACGUACACACGUCGACGCAUUACAGGUGCACGCAUAAAGUAUACGUACACAUACAGUACCGCAGGUGCGUGUAUAACGUACACCGUAUAUACGUACGUAUGUAUUAUACACAAGUUCAAGUGCCGAGGCACGAGCUCUAAACACUAUACAUCCUAUAUCUUUCCUUAUAUAGUUUCUUCGUAUCGAUUAUUUUAAAAUAGACGUGUACAACACACAACCAUCGCCACCACCAUCACCUGCUUCGCGACGCCCUGCUGUAACCUGACAGGUGCACCCGCGCCAGGCUACCUCUACGUGUAGUAAAAAAGAAAAUCAGAGAAAAUCGAGAAAAUAGAAGAAAACAAGAAACUAAAGAGAUAAACGAAAGAAUUGAGGCAACGAGAAACCCAACGCUGCGGGAGGGGGAUACGUUGCACAGUUAUCCUUGUGCAAUGGUUCGGUUAUAAUCGUAGAAAAAUCAUCGUCAACGUCAACGUCAACGUCGUCGUCGUCGUUCGUUCCUUCGAAUUUCGUAGACACUCUGGUCUCGCGUCCAGCGCGUUGUUCAAACGGGACACACCGCGGAGUGCGUAGAAUAAGAAAGAGAAGGAGGAGGAGCAAGAGGACGAAGGGAAUACCUAUAAUAAUCGAGCGGACGGCAUAACGCGUAUACAAAAGCAACCCCGCGACGAGGAGGCGAUCCUGCAACCGAAGGUGUAGGACGACGUCGACGUCGAGGAGGACGAGGGGGAGGCGGCGGGGCACAAGGUACGCGGUGACGAGGACGAGGACGAGGACGAGGACGAGGACGAGGACGAGGAGGGGAGCUGGACUUGGAGCGAAACAGCUUGGAGGCGCGCGUCGUCUUCGCCGGAUCAACCAUAACGCCGCCCGCCUUAAAACGUCCGAGGCGGGAACCGGUGGAGUCAUCGCCGCCCCCCGCUCGUCCUGUCGCCUCCGCCGCGGACCUCGUUCACUGCAUCAUGGAAGCGCCGUUGUCCCAGAGCAUGGACUCCGUCAACACCGCCACCGGCGAGGACGAGGUGCGAACUCUAUUCGUCAGCGGCUUGCCAAUGGAUGCAAAACCGCGAGAGCUUUACCUUCUCUUCAGAGCGUACGAGGGUUACGAGGGCUCCUUGCUGAAAGUGACGAGUAAAAACGGCAAAACCGCAUCGCCGGUGGGUUUUGUCACGUUUCAUACGAGAGCCGGUGCCGAAGCAGCGAAACAAGACUUGCAGGGAGUUAGAUUCGACCCUGAUAUGCCUCAAACCAUUCGUUUGGAAUUUGCAAAGAGUAACACAAAGGUUAGCAAACCUAAGCAACCAGCCGCUGCAGCAGCCACCACCUCGCACCCCGCUCUGAUGCACCCUCUAACUGGACACCUUGGGAGUCCGUUUUUCCCUGGAGGACCGGAGCUCUGGCAUCAUCCGUUGGCCUACUCAACUGCCGGCGAAUUGCCUGGCGCAUUGCAACACGCCACCCUCGUUCAUCCGGCGUUACAUCCUCAGGUUCCCAAGUCGAUGACCGGCAGCGCAGAAGGCACCUGGAGUAAUCCGAUUUAUGGUGUUUGUGUACCGCAGGCACCGAUAUCCCUGCCACAUCCGACCACCCUGACAUCGAUCCACGCGUCGCUGCCGCAUUUCUUGCCUUCGCCGGCGCUGGCGUCACCGGUAGGCUCGUCCUCGUCGCAGCCAAGCAUCGCGGUGAGCAACGCGCCCUGCUCAACCCUCUUCGUCGCCAACCUCGGACAGUUCGUCUCCGAGCACGAGCUCAAAGAGAUAUUCAACAGUUUCCCCGGCUUCUGUCGCCUCCGUAUGCACACCAAGGGAGGCUCGCCGGUUGCCUUCGUCGAAUAUCAAGAUGUUCGCUACGCGGCCCAGGCGAUGGCCACGCUUCAGGGAUCGUUUCUCCUAUCUUCUGACCGGGGGGCGAUUCGAAUUGAGUAUGCAAAGUCAAAAAUGGCCGAGGUGGGCUUUACAAACCUAUGGACGGAAGGAACAAAGGGAGAUGAAAAUGGGCAGUCUUAAAGUUGACGUGAGCGGAAUGUGACAGGUACGCCAGUAGUGAAGUCGAUAAAUUUAUCGAACGAUCGACGUACUGAUGAAAAAUGAUUGUGGAGAAAAAUCAGGGGGCAUAGAAUCGUUCGCAGUUGCGGUUUUGCGCGUUGGUAGGAUAUACGGUGUAAAACGAUAUG